AUGUCUUCUUUACAAUCCCCCACCCACAACCGCUCUGCUCGCAGUACACCCGCUGCGAACUUUGGAGCCUUCAGCCCGCCAGUCGGUAGUCUAACGCCGGAGGAGGUCGCCCGUCCUGGAUCCUCUCCAGCCGGACCUGUGGACCAAUCCUUGCCACGAGGAUCUGACUCGGAGCCGCCCAUCCAACCGAGCGCCAGUCAUGAGGGCCUCCGUUCACGACCGAGCUCCUCUCGUACCGCUGCUCAUCCUGCCCCGAAAGGCCACGCUCGUCGGUAUUCCCAUGAUCAAGACUUUCUCCAGCAUUCGGUUUCGGUCAGGUCACAAAGGCCCCGCUUCCGCGAUGACUGGGACUAUGAGCAAAGUGCAGAUCCCCGCGACUAUCCCACCAUGAGGGACUAUGACCGCUACUGGCGCAACGACUACCGCCCUGAUCGAUACACUCGAAGGGGUCCACGCCCUCCUCCCGCCUACCUCAACAGCCGCCGACAAAUGAUGAUGCAUGAUUCAGACGAUGACAUGUACCACGAGGACACUCGCUACAUGAAAGAUCCGUUCGAGACCUCCAGAGUGCGCCGGCCGACAGACGAGGAGAUGGGUUUCCAGCCUGACAUCCCGCCGCACCGUCGGCACUCCGAUGAGGAAGGGGUUGGCUUUGACGUAGCCCAUCUCGACUGGAAUAAUAUGAGCCGCAAGGAGAAAGCCCAGGUGAUGCGUAUCCCUUUGACGCAAUGGAUGAACUCAGAUCUCAAGAAUCACUUCGUCGCCACUCUCGGCGAGUUUGUCGGAACGACCAUGUUCCUCUUCUUCGCCUUCGCUGGCACCGAGGUUGCCAACAUCCAGUCCAAUGCCAGCUCCGAGCAGACAACCACUGGAGAGGCUACAGGUUUUGACGUCUCUGUACUGAUGUAUAUCUCUCUCAUCUUCGGCUUCUCUCUCAUGGUCAACGUGUGGAUCUUCUUCCGCAUUAGCGGAGGGUUGUUCAACCCCGCUGUGACUCUGGCCAUGGUUCUAGUCAAGGGUGUCAGCGUGACGAGAGGCAUCUGCUUGUUCGUUGCCCAAAUGCUCGGAGCUAUGCUCGCUUCCGUGGUCGUCCUGUUCCUCUUCCCCGAAACCUUUAAUGUUAGGACGACCUUGGGAGGCGGCGCGUCCUUGGUCCAGGGCGUCUUUAUUGAAGCAAUCCUGACGGCAGAGCUUGUCUUUGCCAUCUUUAUGCUGGCCAAAGAGAAGCAUCGCGCGACCUUUAUCGCCCCGGUCGGAAUUGGCCUGGCCUUGUUCAUUGCCGAAAUGGCUGGUGUCCAGUUCACUGGAGGUUCUCUGAACCCUGCGCGAAGCUUUGGGCCGUGUGUUGUUACCAGAACCUUUGAUUCUGAGCACUGGAUCUACUGGGUUGGCCCAUUUGUCGGAUCACUCAUUGCAGUGGUGUUUUAUAGGUUUAUCAAGACCCUAGAAUAUGAGAUGGCGAACCCUGGCGCCGAUGGUGAUGAUGCAAAUGACCCAACUAAGAACCCAGAAAAGCGAGCGGAGAUUCAUAUGGGCCAGACUCCCUCCAUCCGCACUUAG